AUGUUCGAAAAGUAUAUCAAAGGCAAAAAUGGUGCCGUUAUCGGAUCACAGAGACCUUGGGCUGAAGUGUUCGCGUUGAAAGCAGGUGCGGCUAGUGUGCUCACCAUCGAAUAUCAAGAAUUGGAAAUUGAAACAAAACAGCCAAUGAAAUGGAUCCAUCCAGUCAAAUUGGCCAAGGAAUGGACUAGUUACGAGGAGACAUUCGACUUCAUGAUCAGCUUCUCGUCUCUCGAGCACAGCGGCUUGGGAAGAUACGGUGAUCCAUUAGACCCUUGGGGAGAUGUGCGUGAGAUGGCCAAAGUUCUGUGUCUUCUCAAGAAUCGUGGCCUGAUGAUCGUCGGUUUUCCUGUUGGCUCUGAUGCCGUUAUUUGGAACGCUCAUCGGAUAUACGGCGCGAUUCGAUUACCGUGGAUGAUACAGGAUUUGAAAAAGAAACCCGGUCCGAUCACCGUUCUUCUCUUCUCGAAUGAUCUCUCAUGGAUGCGCGAGACAUACUCAGAAAUUUAUCGAAAUAAAAAUGACAACGAAUCCUUUGUACAAGUCGGCAACGUUCUUUACAUUUUGGUCGAUAAUCUUUCUGCUUUCAACACUUUGAUCGUGGCCAAAGAUUAUUGCGACAAUUUUCUGAUUACCGCUGCUGCUUCAACGUACGCCUAUAUGAUGUCUUUUCUCGCAAAAAACGGUCGUGCAAAAGUUUUCUAUGCUGAGCUCAACUCCGAUGCGAAGACCAGCAGGCGACUGGUUGUGGUUCGAUCAAAG